AAUGUUAGCUAUUCACACGGGAAUGUGAUGGAACGUAUCAUCACUGCUCUUUCAUUUGUGGUUGUUAUAGCAUUGUAGCCUCUUCAACGUGUGCACCUUCCCUCCUCUUUGCUACUACACACGCUUUGGUUUUGGUUUCCACUUUCCCGAAUUUAUCUAUCUUUCCUUCUCCGAUGUCUAUGCCUCUCUUUCCUCCUUUCCUCUUUUAUUUUGUGUAUUUUUUUAGUUUUUAGUAGCAAUAAAUGCACAUGUUUCCUCUUGCUUCAAAAGUUGCUAGCCUUGUGCAUUAGUCUCCAUGUGAAAGGAAAAGAUAUAGGUUGUGGUGUGGCUAUAUUGGAUUAAUUUUGUGGUUUUGCACAUAAAAGUUUGGAUUUUUUUUUUGUUUUGUUUUGGGGUGUUUCAAGAUGUGGAGUAGAUGGUGGUGUGGUGGUGGUGGUGGUGCUGCAUCAUUGAGGCAAAGGGUGUCUUUUGUUUUCAAUGGAAGCCAUGGUUGUGUGGGAAAGGUUCAUCCUUUUGAUCCUUUGAGGGGUUUUGGAGGGGAACAUUGUGGAGGGGUGGCGUUUGUGUUGAAGCAGAUGAAGAGGGGUGUGUGUUCUUCAACUUUACUUUCAUGCCCUGCUGGUGGUGGUGGUGGCAACAAGUCCAAUUCAAGUGGGAGUGGGAGUGAUAAUAAUAAUAAUAAUAAUAAUAGUGGAACUGAAGGGUCUAUAUCAUUCAGUGAGGCUAAGAAGCUUAUGAGAUUGGUGAAUGUGGAAUCGCUCAAGAUGAAGCUUGGUAUGGAUGGGAAAGAGGUUAUUCCAUAUGUUGAGCUUCUUCAAGAGUGUAAGAGCAUGGGUGUUGCAAGGAGUUCUGAGGAGGCUUCGGCAUUCGCCAAGGUUCUUGAUGAGGCUGGGGUUAUUCUCCUCUUCCGAGACAAGGUCUAUCUGCAUCCUGACAAGGUGGUGGAUCUGGUCAGAAGUGCAGUUCCACUAGCACUAACAGCUGAGGAUGAUCCUAUGAGGGAGGAGUUAAAGAAGCUUGUGGAGAAGAAGGAAGAAAUCGACUCGUUGGCGCACAAGCAGGUGCGUCACAUCCUGUGGUCUGGACUAGGAUUCGGUGUGAUCACUGUUGGACUAUUCUUCAGGCUAACAUUCUGGGAAUUCUCAUGGGAUGUAAUGGAACCUAUCACAUAUUUUACCACUUCCACUGGCCUAGUGGUAGGCUAUGCCUACUUCUUGUUCACUUCAAGAGACCCCACUUACCAAGACUUCAUGAAGAGGCUCUUUUUCUCCAGGCAGAGGAAGCUGCACAUGAGGUACAAUUUUGAUGUUGACAGAUUCAAGGAGCUUCAAUGUAAGUGCAAAACACCCUUAAAUGCCAAAACCAUUUUGAAGAAUCGCAAAGGGUUGGAACUGGAUUUGGAGGAUGCUUUGAACAAAGAUUAACAUUUUUUCCCCAGGUUGCUUUAUAAUUUUAUUCAUUAAAAGUUUUAAACAAA